AUGGCUGCUUUUGACAUGUCAACAAAAUCAAUAGUUUCUCCUGGUGGUGUAGGAUUUGAUAUUAAUUGCGGUGUACGUCUACUAAGAACCAAUUUGCAUGAAGAUGUUCAACCAAUAAAGGAACAAUUAGCGCAGAGUUUAUUUGAUCACAUACCUGUUGGUGUGGGUUCUAAAGGUAUAAUUCCUAUGAAUGCACGUGACAUGGAAGAAGCUUUAGAAAUGGGCAUGGAUUGGUCUCUGCGUGAAGGCUACGUGUGGGCUGAGGAUAAAGAGCAUUGUGAAGAAUAUGGGAGGAUGUUAAAUGCUGACCCAUCCAAAGUUAGUUUAAGAGCCAAAAAAAGAGGAUUGCCACAGCUAGGUACGCUGGGAGCUGGCAACCAUUAUGCAGAAAUACAAGUUGUUGAUGAAAUAUAUGACAAAUAUGCUGCAGGAAAAAUGGGUUUAGAGAGGACUGGUCAAGUUUGUGUGAUGAUUCAUUCUGGCAGUCGAGGGUUUGGUCAUCAAGUUGCUACUGAUGCUCUUGUACAAAUGGAAAAAGCCAUGAAAAGAGACAAAAUUGAAACCAAUGACAGACAACUGGCUUGUGCGCGAAUUCAUUCUGUUGAAGGUCAAGACUACUUGAAGGCUAUGGCGGCGGCGGCUAACUUCGCAUGGGUUAACCGUAGUUCCAUGACCUUCUUGACUCGCCAAGCAUUUGCCAAACAGUUUAAAAUGGCUCCUGAUGACUUGGACAUGCAUGUCAUUUAUGAUGUCUCCCACAAUAUAGCCAAGGUUGAAGAGCACAUUGUUGAUGGAAAAGUAAAAACUUUGCUUGUGCACAGAAAGGGUUCUACAAGAGCAUUCCCGCCGCACCACCCAUUAAUUCCCGUUGACUAUCAGCUUACUGGACAACCUGUGCUGAUUGGUGGUACUAUGGGAACUUGCAGCUACGUGCUUACCGGCACACACCAAGGCAUGACUGAGACCUUCGGAAGUACUUGCCAUGGAGCUGGCCGAGCUUUAUCGCGUGCGAAAUCUAGAAGAAAUAUAGACUACAUGGACGUGCUCUCGAAGUUGGAGUCCAUGGGUAUCUCUAUUAGAGUUGCUUCACCUAAACUAGUGAUGGAAGAAGCUCCAGAAUCGUACAAAAACGUAACAGAUGUUGUUAAUACAUGUCAUUCUGCAGGAAUAAGCAAGAAAACUGUUAAAUUAAGGCCUAUUGCCGUCAUCAAAGGGUAACAUUAUGUAUAUGACAAAAUAUUUAUUUACUUAAUGUAACUGUAAGUAAAACAAACGACUAUAACUUGUGUAUGAAAUAACUAAAAAGAAAUUGUUUAAUUAAACUCGUAUGUAAUAAGAGGUUAAAUAAAACCAAAUAUUAUUUUACACAUUUUGAUUAACAACAGGUAAUUAACAAUUUCACUACAAAUAAAUUAAUACGAUUUUUUAAACAAACUAGCUUUGGCGCUCAAAUGUUAUACUGCAUACUAUAUUAUGCAUUUGAGACUACAAUAUGCUAAAUGGCUUUUAAUUUGUCGGCUAUAAUCAGAAGAAACGCUGUACCAAGGAAAAAUAGUCCCGGCGGCAACACGGUCGUUGUUUUGUCCUCCUCAUCUGUGAAAUGUAAAAGAUGAUUAAAUUAUAAGUUUUAUAACUAUGUAAUAAAA